GCAUCCGGGGAAUUCCUCUGGCGGCGAUUUCAUUUCGAACAAAAUAACAGUUCAUAUACUAUAACGAUGAUAACGGUUGUUGAAUAGUGUUGUGUGAUGCAUCGACAAAUAUUUAUAUAUCAAAAUUAUUUAUUUGAAAACCAAAAUAAGUAACAGUCACUUACAGUGGAAUUUCAUGAUGGAGGAAAGUCUUGAUGUCCAGGAGCUAUUCUUCACAAAUCUCCAGCUCCUGGGGUUUAAUGUAGAAAGAAUGGAAGCUCAGGUUAAAAUUCCAUUUAACAAAAACAUGUUUGAUUUGCCAAAUAGAAGAGGUGCGGAGGAAAUUCUGUAUUUUUUGUUUAGUCGUCUUCACCCUGUAAUGUGUAAAGAAGAAUUCAGAAACUGCUGGCCAAUUGGUGACAAGCAACAGGAACAGAUGUUUAGAAGAGUCUGCAAUAACUGGCUCAGUAACAUUAACAAGGAAGAGCCAGAGGCUAUGUUGCCAAGGAUUUCCCCCUCCCUGUUUUUGACCCCAGGAGGAGCCAAGUUUUACCAGCUUCUCUACCGUUUUUCCCGUUAUGUGAUUUUACAAGUCAACGACAAGGAAAAUGGAAUGAAAGACAGUGAAAAGCACAGAUAUCCAACCUUAACUCCGGAAAACAAAGAACUUGCUGACAAUAUGGCAGACACCAUGAUAGGCUGUGUUAUCAGGGGAAGGAACUCUUUUCUCUAUACAGCAAAUGAAAUUGUCUCUCUAAACAGGCAGUGGAAAGAUCAAUCAAAUGAGAUGGUGAAAGAGUACAGAAAACUAAACAAAGAAAUAAGAGACACUGAGCUUAAAAUAAGAGACCAAAUUCAGAAAUCGUCGGAAAUGAGUGCUGCCAGGGGGAGCCCUGUUGCAAGGAAAAGGAGAUCAAAAUCUUAUGAGCCAGACUUCGACCCAAAGUCCACUCAGAGAUCACAGAAAGUCCACGAGGUGAGGAGUUUGUGGAAACAGUUAGAUGGAUUUCUAGUCAGCGAGGCCUCAGAGAGGGAGGUGAUAGAGUCCAUUGUUGACAGGUCACUGACCAAGUACCGGAUCGACUCUGCUCACAUCCCAAUCAAAGUUCCCGAUCUCUUGCUGCGAGAGUGCGAAAAGGAAAUCAGAAAGAGGCAUGUGGACAACACCUUUCACCACGGGAAGUUGAAUCUGGUCAGUCUGUUACAGCUAUGGAACCUGUGUCUAAAUCUGCUACAGGACAGGUUUCAGACCACUGGAGUGCCAGAUUUCACCAAGGACAUUGAAAAAAUCACGACCCUGGCCCACAGUAACCACAGCCUGCUUCUGUCUAGUCAGAGCCUUCAGCGGGAGAUCGAGGGGGUGCUGCCAGAGCUCAAGCAGUCAGUGGACAGGCUACGUGGGGAGGUGGAGCAAGAAAUGACAGCCACGCCCACUCAACUCCGGACCACAGCAGUUGGUCUAGGCCUGGUGGAGCCCACACCUGAUGUUUCUUUCUCGCCUGCAUCUACUCUCAAGGGGAGACAACCCACAGCCCCAUCUGUAGCUCUCACUCAGCAGGAAUGUGCCACCCCGGAGGCUGUAGCUCGGAUAUCCGAAGACAUCGCAGCACGAGUGAACAGAGUUCAGCUCUUCAGUGACAGUCCAAGGAUCUCUCAGCUUGAGAGGCCCGCUGUCUCCACAAAACUUCCAAGAAAACUAGCCACAACUCAGAGAAAUAAACCCAGAGACGUGGACAGAACAAAGCCCCGGGUCGUGGAUGUAAGGGGCCAGUUACAGUCCACCCCCACGAAACCCAAGAGAGAUCAAGUCCAUGUACAGAAAGGCUUAAAAGCAUUGGAUUUGAAACAAGACAUUUCAUUGAAUGAUAUUAGUGAUGGAGUUCUUAAUGAACCUUCAACUUUAGUGCAAAGGGACCUUUCCAUAUCUGGAUUAAAUGAUUCAACUUUAAGAAAUUCAAGCACCCGAACACCUACAAAAUAUGACUCUAAUGUGAAACGAGGAUCAUUCGACUGUGAUAAAACUCCAAAUAAUGACAAAUCUGGAGGAAACAGGAACCAUAAUGGCACCAUCAACAAGUUCAGAGAUCUGGAGAAAUCUCCGUCUGACCUGCUAGUGGACGAGAUGUUUGGAGAGACCCCAAAGGGGUCACCACUGGGCCUGCAGAAGUCCCCCUCGGAUUACCUGUUACAGGAAGUGCUGUCCUCAGGUGUGCUGAAUUCUCCAUUCGUAAGACAAACAGAUAUGAGCCAUUUUUCUGAAGCUGGUGGAAAAAGUGAAAAUGAGGGACAGAAAGUGGGAGUGUGUGUGGAGAGAUCUAUUGAAGAUUUACAGAGGAGUCUGCAGGAAAUGAAGGCCAGCGGAGACUUCAGUAAGGGAAGCCUGUCCCCUGGGCAGGUCCAACGCCCCCACUCCCCUGUGGCCGAGUUCUUGGAUCACUUAGAAUUUGAACCCCUGGAGAGGAGUCAAGUGAUAUUAGAAAAACAAGUGGAUGCCCUCUCGGAUCUUGAAAGUUCAAAAUCAUCCCAAGAACUUGAGGCAUCUGAUAAAGAAAGUAUUCCCAUUCUCCUCAUGCCAACCACCGAUAACUUACUGUCAGACCAACAGAGUUCAAGGUCACAUUCUGCAGAACAAUCUGAUGAAGAGGUUGACCUUAACCUUCAACAUGAAGGAAUUCACCUGAUCACAUCUCCAGGGAUUCCUAUUAUAAAAGAUUCUGGACACCAUGAAAGUCCCCUGUCAGAAGAUAUCAGAAAAAUUUACAGAGAGGCCAUUGGAAGGGGUGAAUCUAGUCCAGCGAGGGCAUUAGAUAGACAUUCUCACUCAGAUAUAUUUGAUGAACUCUCCAGUAUAGCAGAGAAGGAUGGAAACUUAGAGAGCAUAGAGAUGCCUGUGUUUGGUUUGAAUGAUUCAGGGGAGGAUAUUAUGGAUAAAGUCUUCAAGAUUCCGACCAUUGUCAACUCACCCACAGUCCAUCAGGGCCAGCGGCCACCUGUAGGGCCAGGGUCUGAUAACAUCCAUGAGCGAGUCAAAAACCUGUCGGAGCGUGUGUCCGAUUUAAAUGGAAACCCUGUUCACCACAACAAUAUGUCUGGUGCUUUUGAUAGAAUCACUGUGGACAGACAGCUCAGUCGAGACUGGGAGGACCUGGAACUCUCAAUGGAAGUUCUAGAUGAUUUGAUGGGGAAAUCCCCGGACUGUCAGAAGUCUCCUAUUCUGCACGCUAUGGAGGAAAAUUUCUUUACCUACCAUCAACAUUCAGCUUUUCAGCGAUCACCACCGUGUCCAAAACCCAAAGACAAUUCCACUGAAGGUUUUGAUUUAUCAGAUGAACUGGAUGAGUCAUUUGUACCUUUUAAGGAGGGUUUCAGUGUAGAAGGGGGCACAACCCCAGCAAAGACAACUACUCAGAAUGUGAGUGAAAAGGACAAGGAUGGCAACACAAAGCCAAGCAGCUCUGAUGAUUUGCUAGCUAGGUUUCAAAAGUUGAAGCAGCAGACAUCAGAGAUGGAACAGAAACUCCAGUGUGGCCAGCAGCCUUGUGUCUGAUGCACACCUUUAGAUUGAUAUCCAAACUAUUAUCUUGUUUUGUUAAGUUUUGUGCCAAGUUAUUUCUGUGAGGCAGUUAGAAGCUCAAACUACAAAGAAUUACUUUAUUGAAAUUUAAAAUAUGGAUAAUAUGGAUGUGUAUUUAUUUCAGGGUAAGCUAUAUUUCCCAGUUAUUGUGAGUUCUUGCAUCGGGUAUCAUCAAUAAUUAGAUCAUUUGUAUUGAAAACAUUUCAGUAUUCAUAAUUACAUUACCCAGGUAAAUAUGAGGGCUGUGAUUAACAAAUGAACUUACAACUAAGUUGUAAAUCUUUUUAGUCUUAUGGAAUAAUCCUUAAGGCCUAACCUGGAAAAUUAUACAUACCGAUUAUUAAUACGUGAAGUAUUUUUACUGGUAUUAAGGAAAAAAUUUGGUAACUUAUAAACAUGAUGAAUCAUGAGCAAUUAUAAAUUUGGUCUUUUAAAAAAACAAAGCGAAGGAUGUUUUUUGUCAAAAGCAGAUAUAAGGAAGUUCCUACUUUUUAUUACAAUUUAGAAUUAGUAAAUGUACUGAUACUCGUGCAUGUAGCGGUACUUGUUUUUAUUUAGUACAUAUAAAACAAAAGCGACAAGGUUUGACCCAUGCUUUAUGGACAGGCGUUGGCAGAUGCUCAUAGACAUGUAACAGUAUCGUAAUUUACUGAUUCAUAAAAUGGGGUAAUUAAAUAAAACUCAGUUUACAAAUGAUUAAUUAAAUGAAAAACUUUUUUAUACAGUCUGUACAUUAUUCUUAGUAUUGUAUUACAAAAAGUCAUGUAUAAAGGCAUUUCAAUUUGAGGUUCCUAAAAUAUGUAAUGUUUAUUUUUGUUCUACUCAACAUUCAGAUUUUUAGCUCACCUGAGCUGAAAGCUCAAGUGAGCUAUUCUGAUCACAUUUUGUCUGUCGUCCGUCUGUCCGUCUGUCCGUCCGUCUGUCCGUCCGUCUGUCCGUCCGUCCGUCUGUCCGUAAACUUUUCACAUUUUCAACAUCUUCUCAAGAACUACUAGGCCAAUUUCAACCAAACUUGGCACAAAUCAUUCUUAGGCAAAGGGGAUUCAAAGUUGUGAACAUUAAGGGUCACACCCGUUUUCAAGGGGAGAUAAUUAGAAAUUAAUGAAAAAUUUCGAGAAAUUUUCAAAAAUCUUCUUCUCAAGAACCAGAAAGCCAGGAAAGCUGAAACUUGUGUGGAAGCAUCCUCAGGUAGUGUAGAUUCAAAGUUGUGAAAUUCAUGACCCCCGGGGGUAGGGUGGGGC